GUCAGAGUUGGAAAAGCGGCAGAUGAGAGGGAGCCCAGCCCUUCAAGGAUGCCUGCCCUUGAAGCUUCUAUCCGUGCAUUUGUUGACAAAAAGUCUAAUAAUGUUGUCAAUCCAUCGAUUGGGACUAGUUUUGAUUCCGUCGAAGUGGGUAUGAGUUUUACAAUCUUUAUUCGUGGGAGGUUGGUUUUGGGUUGCGCUACGCAAAAAGACGUUUGAAUGUACACCGGAAGAAGUGCAUGCAGGAGAUAGUUUGCGCUUGUGCGGGCAACCCAUUGCAAGCCAACAGUAGGUCAACGCGGUGUGGUUGCAAUGCCAUGAUACAACUACUAAGGUCGGACGAUGGAGGAUGGUAUGUAUGCGAGCACAGGGCUGAUCACAACCAUGAUUUAUCUGUUAAUUGUGGAGAGAAACUGCACUGAAAGUCACACCGACACAUAGAUAGCUAUACAAGGGACCUAGUUAAGCAACUAAGAGAAAUUAACAUCAGCAUUAGCAAGCUUUACAGUGUCGUGGGGAGUUUCUUUGGCAUGAUAAAGGACGUGCCAUUCACGAAACUUUCCUUAAAAACAUUGUGUGGUAAACUUAACCAGGAACAGUCUCUGAAUGAUGCAACAAAAACCAUAUAGAUGUAUUCAACGAGAUGAGGGCAGAGGACCCUGAAUUUAAAUACAGUGUUCAGGUUGAAACCGAGGGGAGGAUUAAGACAUUGAUGUGGGCCGCUGGCAGAGAGAUUGAGCAAUUCAAGUGUUUCGGUGAUGUUGUAACAUUUGAUACAACCUACAGGAUAAACCUGUACGACAUACCAUUUGGCCUUUUGUUGGUGUUAAUAAUCACUUUCAGAGCAUCAUAUACGGAGGCGUGUUGAUGAGCGAUGAGAAGGUGGACACUUUCAAGUGGAUAUUCACGGAGUUCUUCCAAAUGCUAGCAGCACCACAGCCAAAAACUAUCUUAACAGAUCAAUCUCGCGCAAUGGAAAUUGCAAUAGCGGACGUCAUGCCACGGACUGCGCACCGGUGGUGCAAAUGGCACGUGCUGAAGAAGGAAAAAGAGAGCCUUGGAGCGCUGCUUGCAGAAGGGAGUGAAUUCAAGCCAGAGUUCAGCAAGCUAGGCCACCAUGUAGUUAGUAUUGAUGAAUUUGAGAAGGGCUGGGCAUGCUUGAUUGAGAAAUAUGGCCUCCAGACCAAUACAUUCCUAACGCAGCUUUACGAAGUUAGGGGGAAGUGGGCAAAGCCAUACUUCAUGGGUGUGUUUUGUGCAAAAAUGACAAGUACGCAGCGAAGUGAGAGCGCAAACCACCUUCUCAAAGGGUAUGUGCCACCAGGCUGCCCCAUGCACUUGUUCAUCCGGCAAUAUGAGAAGAUGCAAUUUGACCACGACUCAGAGGAAAGUUACCAGGAGAAGAGGACAAAACUAGUAUGUUUCGAUUAGUCUUCUAUGUAUGUAUCUUUGAGCUGUUGAAUUGCUGCCUUCCAUAGAAUCUUAGAUCCUCUUGUUGCACUUGCCAUGUGCAGGGUGAGAUUGUGCUGAAGCAACAUAUCCCAUUUGAGGUACAUGCAUCGCCAGGUUUACACCAGGACAAUGUUUGAGAAAUUUGGUGAAGCAUUGUACGAGUGUGGGUCAUAUGAUCUAAUAGAAGUCGAACCCCGAUUGGAGUACAUUGCUAGGCACAUAAAAUUCCAGUCAGGGGAAAAGUGGUGCAAGAAUGAGUUUGUCAUCUCAGUGAGUGAGCCAGCCGAUGAGUUCAUUAGCGAGUGUGGAACGUUUGAGCACUAUGGGAUGGUUUGCAGCCAUGUGCUUAAGGUCAUGAUACACCUAAAACUGUAUGAGCUCCCGCCAAAACAUGUGCUCAAGCGGUGGACUAGAGAUGCAAGAGAUAUACUGCCACCGGAGUAUUUGCGCUACCAGAAGGACCAUGGGCCCCUGAAGUAUUCUUCUCGUCGGCACAACACCUUAUACUUGUUGGCACUGGAUGUGGUUAAAUUAGGUAACAACAAUGUGGAAGCACAUGCACUUGCAAUGGAGAAAAUGCGAGAUGUCAAAGUGCUGCUCGAGCCAGUUGCCGCCGUGCGGGAUAGGCUUGGUUUGUCUGAUAGAGAGUUGGCUGCAGAUUCAGGCGGCUCUGGUGUUGGGAACAAGCAGCAUUUUGGGAGAGCUGAGUCUGAGCACACCAUCUCACAAGGAUUGGAUUUGUUUCCAGCAUCGUGCAAGAAACGACCCGCUGGGCGUCCAACAACGAGCCGCGACAAGGCUCCAUAUGAACAACCAUCAAAGAGGAGCAGAUUAUGUUCUAUAUGCAGAAUUCAGGGGCACAAGAGCACAACAUGCCCUGCCAGAGGGGAUGUGCCAAAGGCACCUAGGAAAUCGCCUCGCUGCUCAAAAUGUCGGUUGACAUGUCACAGGAAGAACAGAUGCAGCAACCCGCCUAAGGUCUGAAAAAAGAUAUGAAAUUUAGUGUUUGUUUUCGAGAUUCGUUGGUUUGUCUGUGUGGCACUUUGUUAUUAGAACCCGUAUGUUAUUUCUGUAAACCACCAAGAGAUGGUAAGUGAGCAUUCCCGUGGCAUCUGGCAGGGACAUUUGUGAA